AUGAAAAGGAAGAGAGUAGCUAAAGUAAAUGUUGGCCCCUUAGAAGUAGAGACAGAAGAAAUUAUCACAGAGAAUGAUAAAAUGGCAGAGGCAUUGAACAAAUUUUUUGUGUCUAUUUUCAUAGUAGAAGACACAAAAUUCAUACCAGAAUUAGAUGAAAACCUAACUGCUAAAAUGAGUGAGGCAAUUGGUGAAAUUAAUGGGUCUGAGCUUCUGCGGAGUGGGAGUCAGAGCCAGAUUGGCACUCUGCUCCUAGGAAUAUAUUUGUUGAGAAUGGCUUUGAUUUCAGUGGACAGCACACCACACUAUACGAAAACAAGCUUUGGAGCAGAUGCUGACCCUCUGAAAUUCUACUCCACAACAUAUUCUACAUCGUACGGGCAUGAAGGAUUCAUACCCAGGAGAGGUUUUCGAUCCGGGGCUGGAUAUGUGACCAAUCAAAGACCUGUUUUCUACUACACAUCAUCUUUAGACAGACUAGACAACCCAAUCCUCGGGCAACUUUUAAGAGAUAACUAUCGGUCAAUAACCAAGAAGGACUUUGUGCCCUAUGGACGCCCGGAUGGUAAAGAAGAUUUUCCUCACAAAUUACAUUCUGUGGGCAGUGGAUUCAUGAGGAAAAAGGCACUGAACUUCCCAUUCCUCAAAGAUAUGAAAGAAGUCCAUAUUGACACAAGAGAUCAAGGACCAUCUUCCAUCACAGGGAUUGAACCCAAGCACACCCCUUUGCUCCAUCAAAUUCAACCACAAGACCCAGUGAUGCAAGAGAAUGGAGGUUAUGGACCAAGCUACAUGUCCACAGAAUACAAUACUAAAUAUAAACUGAAACCACAGGAUUUGCCAGUUUUUUCCCAACACAAAACAGUGGGGAGAAAGGAGAACAGUGGGUUCACAGAAGGCUCCCCUCUGAAGCCUAUCACUUACCAUCACCCAUUAGCAUACCGAGGAGACUUGCCGCUACCAAGCGGGCUAGAGAACCUACCCACUGAUAAGAUAGAGAAGCUAAAGAAGGAAGACCCAGUUGAGUACCUUAACAGAAGCCAUCUUGAUGAACCUAGAAGUAUCAACACCCUGACCUACACAAAACCAGAACAUAGACCAUUAAAAACAGAACUGCUGGGGAAUGUUAAUGUUGGUGCUAAGGAGCCUACUGGAUUUAGUAGCAAUGAGAAGGGCUAUAUAUACCCAGCCAAGACUGCAACCGAUGCUGAUAGAUUCUUGACAAAUUAUAAACUUCGGUACAAUGACAAAACUCUGAAAGGAGAGGACAGAGAGGGCUGGACAAGGGGAGGAAUCCAGAAACAGUUUCCUCACAGUUAUGCUGUUAGCUCCAAGAUCCAUCAGCAUGGCCCUGACUAUAACAUAACUGAAAGUUUACGCCGGAUUCACCCUCAUGUGGCCAGAUGCAAACCCAUGGCACCCACCCUGUGACCCAGGACAUUAAAGUCUGUUGACGAAUUCUAUGAUGAUCACACUUAUGACCACAAACUGCGUCCACC